AUGGAGGAAGAAGAAUAUGAGGAAGUUGUGGAGUUGAUUGAUGAACUAACUAGGAGGGAUGCUCUGCUGGACAUGCUACUAAUAAGCAAGAAAGAACUGGUGGAAGAUGCAAAGGUCAAGGGCAGCCAUGGCUGCGGUAACCACGAGACUGGAGUUGAAGAUUCAGAGAGGAGUGAGCAAGAUAAACAGAAUUACAAUCCUGGACUUCAGAAGAGCAGAUUCAGGGACCUCCUUGGGAAGAUCCCAUGGGAAAGAGCCCUGGAGGGCAAAGUGGCUCAGGGGAGCUGGUACUACAUUGAAGAGACAAUUAUUGAGGAGGGUGAACCACAUGAGGUGAUCACUGAGGUCACUGAGACUGUUAGCACAGACUUCACAGGUCCUAAAACUACCACUUAUACCAUUGAGCAUGAAAAACCUGCUGUUGAGGAUGCAGCACCUCCAGUCAGAAAGAAGAUAAUACGGACAAAAGUGGACACAUCUAAGUUUUUGACACCUUAUCUGCAACACAGUAACAAAAUGAAGGACCUAUUCAGUGAGAACAAGUACAAAGAAAAAUAUAGAAAAGAAAAAGGAAAGCCAUAUGCUUCCACAAUUGAUACCCCAGAAAUUCGGAGAAUCAAGAAAGUGCAAGACCAGCUCAGUGAGGUUAAAUACCGCAUGGCUGGUGAAGUUGCUAGAACUAUUUGCCACGUUGAUGAAAAGGCCAAGGAUAUAGAACAUGCAAAGAAGGUGUCACAGCAAGUGAGCAAGGUGUUAUAUAAACAGAACUGGGAGGAGAACAAGGACAAGUACCUGCUUCCCCCUGAUGCUCCAGAGCUUGUGAAUGCAAUAAAAAACACAGCAAUGUUCAGUAAGAAACUCUAUACCGAAGACUGGGAAGGAGACAAAACACUAUUCUAUCCAUACAAUGACAGUCCAGAGCUCAGAAGGGUGGCACAGGCUCAAAAGACUCUGAGUGAUAUUGUCUACAAAAAAGGGCAUGAUGAACGAAAAUCUAAAUAUACUCCUCUGCCAGAUCCACCUGACGUGGAACAAGCCAAGAAAGUGACAAGGCAGCUGAGUGACAUUAUUUACCAUGAGGACUAUAAAAACAAGAUCAAAGGCAAGUGGAGUCAAACUCCAUGCUAUGAUGUUGCAAUUGCGAAAAUGAAUGCAGAAAAUAUAAGUAUGAGAAAAUACCAGGAAGACUUUGAAAACAUGAAAGACCAAAUCUACUUUAUGCAGACUGAAACUCCAGAAUAUGAAGCUAAUAAACGAGUUUCAAAUAACGUCAGUAAGGUAAAAUACAGAGCAGACUAUGAAAAGAACAAAGCUAUUGCAGAUUAUAAUGUGCUUCCUGCUACAGAGAACCCAUUGCUGAGGCAAUUAAAAGCUGCAGGAGAUGUGCUGAGUGAUAAAUUAUACAAAGAAGCCUAUGAACAAUCAAAAGCAACCAGCAUGAAUUACUGUGACACACCGAAGUUCCAGACUGAUACUGUUCUGAAGAAUUUUAGUGAUGUAAAAUAUAAAGAUGCGUAUCAAAAGAAUAUUUUAGGACACUAUUUGGGCAGCUUUGAGGACCCACAUCAUACACACUGCAUGAAAGUUGAAGCUAUGAAGAGUGAUAAAAAUUACAAAGCAGAUUAUGAGGAGGAAAAGACAAAGUGCUACUUCCCUCAGACCAUAACGCAAGAGUACGAAGCUAUUAAGAAGUUAGAUCAGUGUAAAGAUCACACUUACAAAAAGCAUCCUGAUCAAACCAAAUUUACUCAAGUGACUGACUCUCCAGUACAGAAGCAAGCAGAGAUCAAUAGCAAACAACUGAGUGAUAUAAUUUAUAAAUCCAAAGGUGAAGAAAUUAUUCACAAGUACCACCUCCCUCCAGAUGUGCCCCAGUUUAUACAGGCUAAAGUUAAUGCCUACAAUAUUAGUGAUAACUAUUACAAAACGGGAUUGGAAGAAUUAAAAUCAAGGGGAUAUGAUCUAAAAAGUGAUGCUAUUCCUAUCCAAGCUGCCAAGGCUGCUAGGCAGGCUGCCAGUGAUGUUAACUAUAAAAAAGCCUAUGAACUUGCCAAGGGUAAACUCGUUGGCUUCAAGAGCCUCCAGGAUGAUCCCAAACUCGUUCAUUAUAUGAAGGUAGCCAAGAUGCAGUCUGAGCGAGAGUACAAGAAAGAUUACGAGAAAACAAAAACUAAGUACAACAUUCCACUGGAUAUGGUCAAUGUUGUCGGUGCCAAGAAGGCUCAAGAGAUUGCCAGCAAUGCUAAUUACAAGAACCUCCUACACCACUAUACUUAUUUACCAGAUGCAAUGAAUGUGGAGCUGACCAAAAAUAUGAUGGAGAUUCAGAGUGAUAAUGCAUACAAAGCAGAUUAUAAUAACUGGAUGAAAGGCAUUGGUUGGAUCCCCAUUGGCUCCGUAGAAGUAGAAAAAGCUAAAAAAGCUGGAGAAGCCUUGAAUGAAAAGAAAUAUCGUCAGCAUCCGGACACCAUUAAAUUUACAAGUGUGGUGGACUCUCCGGUAAUGGUCCAAGCCAAACAGAAUUCAGUUCAACUCAAUGAUAAACUAUACAGAUCUUCUGGAGAAGAAGUUAAACAUAAAUAUACUCUUACCCCCGAUGUCCCACAGUUUAUCCAAGCUAGAUACAAUGCAGCUAACAUCAGUGAUGCAUAUUAUAAACAAGGCUACCAUGAUCUAAUAGCUAAAGGGAACAACGUGUCACUUGAUGCUAUUCCAAUUACUCUAGCCAAGGCUUCAAGAAACAUUGCUAGUGAUUAUAAAUAUAAAGAAGCAUAUGAAAAGGCUAAAGGAAAACAGGUUGGUUUCAGAAGCCUGCAAGAUGACCCUAAGCUUGUCCACUACAUGAAUGUAGCAAAGAUUCAGUCUGAGCGUGAGUACAAGAAAGACUACGAGAAGACCAAGACUAACUAUCAUACACCUCCUGACAUGUACAGUAUCCAGGCUGCUAAACAGUCUCAGGAUGUAGCUUCUAAUGCCCACUACAAAAACCUGAUCCAUCACUACACUUACCUGCCGGAUGCCAUGGAUGUUGAGCUGGCAAAGAACAUGAUGCAAAUUCAGAGUGAUAAUGCAUACAAACAAGAGUAUAACAGCUGGUUCAAGGGUAUUGGAUGGAGUCCUCUUGGUUCUCUGGAUGUUGAAAAAGCUAAAAAGGCUGGAGAGGCAUUAAAUGAAAAGAAAUACCGUCAGCACCCAGACACCAUCAAAUUUACAAGUAUACCAGAUUCCAUACCAAUGGUGUUAGCUCAGCACAACACCAAGCAACUGAGUGAUGUAGCAUAUAAGCAAGAGGGUGAAAAAGUAAAACACAAAUAUACCCUGGAUCCUGAUGUUCCUCAGUUUAUUCAAGCCAGGGUCAACGCCUUCAAUUUGAGUGAUGCUAACUACAAAGCAGACUGGAAAAAAACCAUUGCCAAAGGAUAUGAUCUGAAACCAGAUGCGAUUCCUAUUAUUGCUGCUAAAGCUUCUCGAAAUAUUGCCAGUGAUUACAAGUACAAAGAAUCAUAUGAGAAAGGUAAAGGCAAACAGGUUGGAUACCGAAGCCUGCAGGAUGAUCCUAAACUUGUUCAUUACAUGAAUGUGGCCAAAAUGCAAUCAGAUCGUGAAUACAAGAAGGAUUACGAAGUCACCAAGACCAAAUAUCAUACUCCUUUGGAUAUGUUCAGCGUGACGGCUGCCAAGAAAGCCCAGGAAGCGGUUACAAACGCUGGCUAUAAACAGCUAAUUCACAAUUAUACACUCUUGCCUGAUUCUGUGAACCUGGAGCUAUCAAGAAAUGUGAUGCAGCUUCAGAGUGAUAAUGUGUACAAAGCAGACUUUAAUAACUGGUUGAGAGGAGUUGGCUGGAUACCAAUUCAGUCGCUGGAUGUAGAAAAGGCCAAAAAAGCUACAGAGAUUCUCAGUGAAAAGAAGUAUCGCCAGCACCCAGACAAGCUGAAGUAUUCUAUUACAAUGGAUGCAAUGGAACAAGUGCUAGCUAAGCAAAAUGCCAAGACCAUGAAUAAGAGGCUCUACACCGAUAAAUGGAACAAAGAGAAGACCAGCAUUCACGUUAUGCCAGAUACUCCAGAAAUUCUGCAGUCUAGAGUGAACCAGAUCACAAUGAGUAAUAAACUUUACAAAGCUGGAUGGGAGGAAGAGAAGAAGAAAGGUUAUGACAUGCAGCCAGAUGCUAUUCCAAUAAAAGCAGCCAAAGCCUCCAGAGACAUUGCAAGUGAUUAUAAAUACAAACUAGCCUACGAAAAAGAGAAAGGAAAGCAUAUUGGGUUCCGCAGCCUUGAAGACGACCCCAAGCUGGUGCACUUCAUGCAGGUGGCUAAGAUGCAAUCUGAUCGGGAAUACAAAAAAGACUAUGAGAAGGCAAAGACUAAUUUCCAUACUCCAGUUGACAUGGUCAGUGUUGUGGCAGCCAAGAAAGCGCAGGAAGUGGCUACAAAUGCAAACUACAAAAACUUGAUCCAUACCUACAAUGUUUUGCCUGAUGCUAUGAGCCUUGAAUUAGCCAAAAACAUGAUGCAGAUACAAAGUGAUAAUCAAUACAGAGCAGAAUAUGAUGAAAGUAUGAAGGGUGUUGGAUGGAUGCCACUGGGCUCCCUGGAAGCUGAGAAGAACAAAAAAGCAAUGGAAAUUGUUAGUGAAAAGAAGUAUCGCCAGCAUCCGGACAAGUUGAAGUAUUCUGUCCCUAUGGAUUCCAUGAACAUGGUCUUAGCUUUAAAUAAUGCUAAAAUCAUGGAUGAGCACAAGUACAAACAAGCAUGGGAAGAAGACAAAAAGAAAGUUCACAUCACACCAGAUAUUCCACAGAUUGCUUUAGCAAAAGUUAAUGCAUUUAAUUUAAGUGAUAAAAUGUACAGACUUUCAUUUGAAGAAUCUAGGAAGAAAGGGUAUGAUCUCAGAGCUGAUGCUAUCCCUAUUAAAGCUGCCAAAGCUUCUAGGGAUAUUGCUAGUGAUUAUAAAUACAAAUUAGGUUAUGAACAAGACAAGGGAAAACUUGUAGGCUUCCGCAGCCUUCAGGAUGAUCCCAAACUUGUCCAUUAUAUGCAAGUGGCUAAGAUGCAGUCUGAUCGUGAAUACAAGAAAGCUUAUGAGACGAGCAAGACACAUUACCAAACGCCUGCCGAUACGCUCAGCAUCGUGGCAGCUAAGGAGGCACAAGAUCGUGUGACCAAUACUAACUACAAGCGACUGAUCCACCAGUAUAUGCUUCUACCAGAUGCAAUGAGUUUAGAACUGUACAGGAACAUGAAUCAGAUACAAAGUGACAAUGAGUACAAGCAGGAUUACAACGAGUGGUUCAAGGGUAUCGGUUGGAGUCCUGCUGGUUCUCUGGAUGUGGAGAAAUCUAAGAAAGCCACAGAAAUUGCAAGUGAUCGGAAAUACCGCCAGCACCCCAGCAUGUUCCCCUUUACAAAACAGAAUGAUGCCAUGGACAUGGUCCUUGCAAAGCAGAAUGCAAAUAUAAUGAACAAACAUGCUUAUACUCAAGCUUGGGAGAAGGAUAAAACUCAGGUUCAUGUGAUGCCAGAUACACCAGAUAUUCUACAGGCAAAACAGAACAAGGCAAACUACAGUCAGAAACUAUACAAGCUUGGCUGGGAGGAAAUGAUAAAGAAAGGCUAUGACCUCACACCUGAAGCCAUUUCAGUGAAAGCUGCCAAAGCUUCAAGGGACAUUGCAAGUGAUUACAAGUACAAAGAAGGUUACCGCAAGCAGCAGGGACAUCACAUUGGAUUCCGCAGCUUACAAGAUGAUCCUAAGAUGAUGUGGUCUAUGCAAGUAGCUAAGAUGCAGAGUGAGAGGGAGUACAAGAAAGAUUUUGAAAAGUGGAAGACAAAGUUUAAUAUGCCUGUGGAUAUGUUAGGCUUCCUUCUGGCUAAGAAAUGUCAGGAACUGGUUAGUGAUAUAGACUACAAGCACAUGCUACACCGCUGGACUUGUCUGCCAGACCAGAAUGAUGUCACCCAGGCAAAGAGGGUCUACGAACUACAGAGUGAUAAUCUGUAUAAGUCAGAUCUACAAUGGCUCAGAGGCCUUGGAUGGAGUCCUUUGGGAUCUCUGGAAUCUGAAAAGAACAAGAAAGCUUCUGAAAUACUGAGUGAAAAGAAGUACCGGCAGCACCCAGAUACUAUUAAGUUCACAAGUAUCCCAGAUGCCAUGGAUAUCGUUCUAGCAAAAUCUAAUGCCAAAAAUAGAAGUGAUAUACUGUAUAGAGAAGCUUGGGACAAGGACAAGACUCAGGUUCACAUCAUGCCUGAUACUCCUGAAAUUUUGCUGGCUAAAUCAAACUUAAUUAACACAAGUGAUAAACAUUACAAGUUAGGAUAUGAAGAGCUGAAGAGGAAAGGCUACGAUCUUCCUCCUGAUGCUAUACCCCUCAAGUCAGCAAAGGCAUCCAGAGACAUAGCUAGUGAAUACCAAUACAAAACUGCGUACCGCAAGCAGCUUGGGCACCACAUAGGGGCGCGUAACAUAGAGGAUGAUCCGAAGAUGGUGUGGUCGAUGCACGUAGCCAAGAUCCAGAGUGACAGGGAGUACAAGAAGGCCUUUGAGAAGACAAAGACCCACUUCAGUAGCCCAGUGGACAUGCUGGGAGUCGUGUGGACUUGUCUGCCAGACCAGAAUGAUGUCACCCAGGCAAAGAGGGUCUACGAACUACAGAGUGAUAAUCUGUAUAAGUCAGAUCUACAAUGGCUCAGAGGCCUUGGAUGGAGUCCUUUGGGAUCUCUGGAAUCUGAAAAGAACAAGAAAGCUUCUGAAAUACUGAGUGAAAAGAAGUACCGGCAGCACCCAGAUACUAUUAAGUUCACAAGUAUCCCAGAUGCCAUGGAUAUCGUUCUAGCAAAAUCUAAUGCCAAAAAUAGAAGUGAUAUACUGUAUAGAGAAGCUUGGGACAAGGACAAGACUCAGGUUCACAUCAUGCCUGAUACUCCUGAAAUUUUGCUGGCUAAAUCAAACUUAAUUAACACAAGUGAUAAACAUUACAAGUUAGGAUAUGAAGAGCUGAAGAGGAAAGGCUACGAUCUUCCUCCUGAUGCUAUACCCCUCAAGUCAGCAAAGGCAUCCAGAGACAUAGCUAGUGAAUACCAAUACAAAACUGCGUACCGCAAGCAGCUUGGGCACCACAUAGGGGCGCGUAACAUAGAGGAUGAUCCGAAGAUGGUGUGGUCGAUGCACGUAGCCAAGAUCCAGAGUGACAGGGAGUACAAGAAGGCCUUUGAGAAGACAAAGACCCACUUCAGUAGCCCAGUGGACAUGCUGGGAGUCGUGUUGGCCAAGAAAUGCCAGGAGCUGGUCAGCGACAUUGAUUACAAGCACUUUCUGCAUCGGUGGACCUGCCUGCCGGACCAGAACGAUGUUGUGCAAGCCAGGAAAGUGUAUGACCUUCAGAGUGAUAAUGUGUACAAGUCCGACCUUCUGUGGCUGAGGGGCAUUGGCUGGUCCCCAAGUGGUUCGCUGGACGAUGAGAAGAACAAGAGGGCGAGCCUCAUCCUGAGCGAGAAGAAGUAUCGGCAACACCCGGACACCAUCAAAUUCACGAGCCUUCCUGACUCGAUGCCCAUGGUUCUGGCAAAGCACAACUCCGAAAUUAUGAACCAACGCUCGUACACAUCGGCCUGGGAGAAAGAUAAAACCAGCGUUCACAUUAUGCCGGAUACACCUGGUAUUUUGCUAGCCCAGCAGAACCAAGCGAACUUCAGUGAGAAACUGUACAAGCUUGCGAUGGAGGAAGAUAAGAAAAAGGGCUACGACAUGCGGGCAGAUGCCAUUCCUAUCAAGUCUGCUAAAGCUUCCAGAGACAUUGCAAGUGAUUACAAAUACAAAGAAGGCUACCGCAAGCAGCUUGGGCACCACAUAGGGGCGCGUAACAUAGAGGAUGAUCCGAAGAUGGUGUGGUCGAUGCACGUAGCCAAGAUCCAGAGUGACAGGGAGUACAAGAAGGCCUUUGAGAAGACAAAGACCCACUUCAGUAGCCCAGUGGACAUGCUGGGAGUCGUGUUGGCCAAGAAAUGCCAGGAGCUGGUCAGCGACAUUGAUUACAAGCACUUUCUGCAUCGGUGGACCUGCCUGCCGGACCAGAACGAUGUUGUGCAAGCCAGGAAAGUGUAUGACCUUCAGAGUGAUAAUGUGUACAAGUCCGACCUUCUGUGGCUGAGGGGCAUUGGCUGGUCCCCAAGUGGUUCGCUGGACGAUGAGAAGAACAAGAGGGCGAGCCUCAUCCUGAGCGAGAAGAAGUAUCGGCAACACCCGGACACCAUCAAAUUCACGAGCCUUCCUGACUCGAUGCCCAUGGUUCUGGCAAAGCACAACUCCGAAAUUAUGAACCAACGCUCGUACACAUCGGCCUGGGAGAAAGAUAAAACCAGCGUUCACAUUAUGCCGGAUACACCUGGUAUUUUGCUAGCCCAGCAGAACCAAGCGAACUUCAGUGAGAAACUGUACAAGCUUGCGAUGGAGGAAGAUAAGAAAAAGGGCUACGACAUGCGGGCAGAUGCCAUUCCUAUCAAGUCUGCUAAAGCUUCCAGAGACAUUGCAAGUGAUUACAAAUACAAAGAAGGCUACCGCAAGCAGCUUGGGCACCACAUAGGGGCGCGUAACAUAGAGGAUGAUCCGAAGAUGGUGUGGUCGAUGCACGUAGCCAAGAUCCAGAGUGACAGGGAGUACAAGAAGGCCUUUGAGAAGACAAAGACCCACUUCAGUAGCCCAGUGGACAUGCUGGGAGUCGUGUUGGCCAAGAAAUGCCAGGAGCUGGUCAGCGACAUUGAUUACAAGCACUUUCUGCAUCGGUGGACCUGCCUGCCGGACCAGAACGAUGUUGUGCAAGCCAGGAAAGUGUAUGACCUUCAGAGUGAUAAUGUGUACAAGUCCGACCUUCUGUGGCUGAGGGGCAUUGGCUGGUCCCCAAGUGGUUCGCUGGACGAUGAGAAGAACAAGAGGGCGAGCCUCAUCCUGAGCGAGAAGAAGUAUCGGCAACACCCGGACACCAUCAAAUUCACGAGCCUUCCUGACUCGAUGCCCAUGGUUCUGGCAAAGCACAACUCCGAAAUUAUGAACCAACGCUCGUACACAUCGGCCUGGGAGAAAGAUAAAACCAGCGUUCACAUUAUGCCGGAUACACCUGGUAUUUGCCCAGCCCAGCAGAACCAAGCGAACUUCAGUGAGAAACUGUACAAGCUUGCGAUGGAGGAAGAUAAGAAAAAGGGCUACGACAUGCGGGCAGAUGCCAUUCCUAUCAAGUCUGCUAAAGCUUCCAGAGACAUUGCAAGUGAUUACAAGUAUAAAGAAGGCUAUCGCAAGCAGCUUGGCCACCACAUAGGGGCGCGUAACAUAGAGGAUGAUCCAAAGAUGAUGUGGUCGAUGCACGUAGCCAAGAUCCAGAGUGACAGAGAGUACAAGAAAGCCUUUGAGAAGACAAAGACCCACUUCAGUAGCCCAGUGGACAUGCUGGGAAUCGUGUUGGCCAAGAAAUGUCAGGAGUUGGUCAGUGAUAUUGAUUACAAGCACUUUCUACAUGCGUGGACUUGCCUGCCAGACCAGAAUGAUGUUAUCCAUGCUAAGAAAGCCUAUGAUCUACAGAGUGAUAACUGCUACAAGUCUGACCUUGAAUGGUUACGAGGCAUUGGUUGGGUCCCAAUUGGUUCCUUGGACGUUGAAAAAGCCAAGAAGGCGGGAGAGAUCUUGAGUGAUAAAAUAUACCGUCAGCCUCCAGACACCAUCAAGUUUACUAGCGUCACUGAUUCUCUAGAGAUGGUCUUAGCCAAGCAGAAUGCGGAGACGAUGAAUAAGCGUUUAUAUACUGAGGCCUGGGAUAAAGACAAGACACAAAUCCACAUAAUGCCUGACACACCUGAAAUCACACUGGCAAAACAGAACAUGCAAAACUACAGUGCGAAACUCUACAAACAGGCCAUGGAAGAAGCAAAAAAGAAAGGCUAUGAUUUGAGAAGUGAUGCUAUCCCCAUUCAAGCUGCUAAAGCAUCCAGGCAAAUUGCCAGUGAUUACAAAUACAAAGAAGGCUAUCGCAAGCAGCUUGGGCACCACAUAGGGGCGCGUAACAUAGAGGAUGAUCCGAAGAUGAUGUGGUCGAUGCACGUAGCCAAGAUCCAGAGUGACAGGGAGUACAAGAAAGCCUUUGAGAAGACAAAGACCCACUUCAGUAGCCCAGUGGACAUGUUGGGAUUCUUGUUGGCCAAGAAAUGCCAGGAGUUGGUCAGUGAUAUUGAUUACCGCCACUAUCUGCAUCAGUGGAUCUGUCUGCCAGACCAGAAUGAUGUUAUCCAUGCUAAGAAGGCCUACGAUCUACAGAGUGAUAACUGCUACAAGUCUGACCUUGAAUGGUUACGAGGCAUUGGUUGGGUCCCAAUUGGUUCCUUGGACGUUGAAAAAGCCAAGAAGGCGGGAGAGAUCUUGAGUGAUAAAAUAUACCGUCAGCCUCCAGACACCAUCAAGUUUACUAGCGUCACUGAUUCUCUAGAGAUGGUCUUAGCCAAGCAGAAUGCGGAGACGAUGAAUAAGCGUUUAUACACUGAGGCAUGGAAUAAAGAUAAGACCAUGGUUCAUGUCAUGCCUGACACACCAGAAAUCCUGCUAGCUAAACAAAACCAAUUAAACUACAGUCAGAAAAUGUACAAACUAGCUUUGGAGGAAUCGAAGAAGAAGGGUCAUGAUUUGCGUUUUGAUGCCAUUCCUAUUCAAGCUGCCAGAGCAUCCAGAGAGAUUGCCAGCGAUUACAAAUACAAAGAAGGCUAUCGCAAGCAGCUUGGGCACCACAUAGGGGCGCGUAACAUAGAGGAUGAUCCGAAGAUGAUGUGGUCGAUGCACGUAGCCAAGAUCCAGAGUGACAGGGAGUACAAGAAGGCCUUUGAGAAGACAAAGACCCACUUCAGUAGCCCAGUGGACAUGCUGGGAAUCGUGUUGGCCAAGAAAUGUCAGGAGUUGGUCAGUGAUAUUGAUUACCGCCACUAUCUGCAUCAGUGGAUCUGUCUGCCGGACCAGAAUGAUGUUAUCCAUGCUAAGAAGGCCUACGAUCUACAGAGUGAUGCUGUUUACAAAUCAGACCUGGAAUGGCUAAGAGGUAUUGGAUGGGUUCCUAUUGGUUCCAUGGAAGUUGAGAAAGCCAAGAAAGCUGGAGAAAUCCUGAGUGAAAGGAAGUAUCGUCAACCAGCAGACCAAAUUAAAUUUACUAGUGUGACAGAUUCUUUGGCCAUGGUCUUAGCUAAGCAAAAUGCUGAGAUAAUGAACAAGCGUUUAUACACAGAAGCCUGGGAUGCAGAUAAAACAUCAAUUCACGUCAUGCCUGACACACCGACAAUUUUGUUAGCGAAGGCCAAUGCAGCUAAUGUUAGCCAAAAACUUUAUAUACAAGGCUGGGAAGAGGCCAAAAAGAAGGGUUAUGACAUGAGAGCUGAUGCAAUUCCUAUCCGAAGUGCAAAGGCAUCAAGAGAUAUUGCGAGUGAUUACAAGUACAAAGAAGCACACGAGAAGCAGAAAGGCCACUACAUUGGGUGCCGAACUGCCAAGGAGGAUCCCAAACUCUCGUGGGCUGCGCGUGCCAUGCUGCUGCAGAACGACCGACUCUACCGGAAGGCGUACCAUGAUUCCAAGGCCCAGGUCCACAUACCAGUCGAUGCGAUGUCAGUGCAGGCCGCCAAGGAGUGCCAGACACUAGUCAGUGAUGUUGACUACCGCCAUUACCUUCACCAGUGGACCUGCCUGCCUGACCAGAAUGACGUGAUCCAUGCAAGGAAGGCCUAUGACCUACAGAGUGAUAAUGUGUACAAGUCAGACCUGGAAUGGUUGCGAGGCAUCGGGUGGUUGCCAGAAGGUUCUGUGGAUGUGGUCAAAGCCAAGAAGGCCCAGGAACUCCUGAAUGAGAGGUUGUACCGCACGCGGCCAGAGGAGUUGAAAUUCACCAGCAUUACUGACACGCCAGACGUUGUCCAGGCUAAGAUCAAUGCUUUGCAGAUCAGUGAUCAUCUGUAUCGUGAAGCCUGGGAUAAAGAUAAGACGCAGAUUUCCAUACCUUCCGAUACUCCUGUAAUGCUGCAGUCCAAAGUCAAUGCUCUCAACAUCAGCAACAAACAUUACCAGAAGGCGUGGGACGAGGCAAAGGCAAAAAGCUAUGACAUAAGAGCUGAUGCCAUUCCCAUCAAACACGCCAAGGCUUCCAGAGACAUUGCUAGCGAGUACAAGUACAAGGAAACACACGAGAAGCAGAAAGGCCACUACAUUGGGUGCCGAACUGCCAAGGAGGAUCCCAAACUCUCGUGGGCUGCGCGUGCCAUGCUGCUGCAGAACGACCGACUCUACCGGAAGGCGUACCAUGAUUCCAAGGCCCGGAUCCACAUACCAGUCGAUGCGAUGUCAGUGCAGGCCGCCAAGGAGUGCCAGACACUAGUCAGUGAUGUUGACUACCGCCAUUACCUUCACCAGUGGACCUGCCUGCCUGACCAGAAUGACGUGAUCCAUGCAAGGAAGGCCUACGACCUACAGAGUGAUAAUGUGUACAAGUCAGACCUGGAAUGGUUGCGAGGCAUCGGGUGGUUGCCAGAAGGUUCUGUGGAUGUGGUCAAAGCCAAGAAGGCCCAGGAACUCCUGAAUGAGAGGUUGUACCGCACGCGGCCAGAGGAGUUGAAAUUCACCAGCAUUACUGACACGCCAGACGUUGUCCAGGCUAAGAUCAAUGCUUUGCAGAUCAGUGAUCAUCUGUAUCGUGAAGCCUGGGAUAAAGAUAAGACGCAGAUUUCCAUACCUUCCGAUACUCCUGUAAUGCUGCAGUCCAAAGUCAAUGCUCUCAACAUCAGCAACAAACAUUACCAGAAGGCGUGGGACGAGGCAAAGGCAAAAAGCUAUGACAUAAGAGCUGAUGCCAUUCCCAUCAAACACGCCAAGGCUUCCAGAGACAUUGCUAGCGAGUACAAGUACAAG